GGCAGCUCUCAUGGCUCAUUCUGCUUCUCUCUGUUAGUGGUUUCUCUCUGCUAGUCGUGUCAAUUUUGUCACGAUAAUUAACUCUUUAUUUAUAAUUCUGUGGCCUGAUAUCGUUCAUGGAAUGUCAUGGAUGCGUUGCAUUUGUGAAUUUAUUAAAGAUGUCGAUUUGAUUUUUUCAAGUUUCACGCAAAUGAAAUCAAAGAAUGAGGCAAAAAAGUUUAUAAGAUAAUUAUUGCGAAUAGAGGUUAUUUUUUUUGUAUCAUACACAUGGAUUUACUUGUGAUAUCCACUCUGAGUUGUAUUUUGGACACUAUUGCACCGUUUUUUAUUAGAUUUAUUUCAUCACAUAUGCUUGCGCAAAAGAGAUAUGAUGUUGAGCUGCGAAAGGAGCUGAACAAUUUGAAAGAAAAUAUGGCAAGGCUCUCCAUGGUAGAUGAAUUUGCCAAAUAUGCCAAACUUCAACGCCGAUGCAACCAUGCAGAAAAUACUCUUAAAGAAAACAUGAAUCAACGACUGAAUCAGAAACUGAAAUUGCAGUUGCUGCUAAUUUAUAGUGUUCGUGCACUGAACGGUAUGUUCAUAUUGUGGUUACUGUAUAUGUAUAAAAAUGAGCCAGUUAUCAUUCUCUCAGAGAAUGUGCUAUGGCCAAUCCAGAAUUUUUUGAGUUGGCCAUGUCAGCAUGAAAAUGCUAUUUCAUUACUGGUAUGGCUUGCCAUCAUCCGAUUAGGAAUAUCGGCGUGUAAAACGCUUCAUGUGUGAUCUUUCAUAAAUUUUAAUGUAAAUAAUUGAUUUGUACCUUAUUAUGUACCAGUUCUACGAUCGAUAAAAAGAAAUAAUAUUAACACUUAAAUAUUUUGUAUUAUUUAAUAAAGCAGGGCUCUCUAUCUUGAA